AUGUCCGGAGAAACCGAGAUCGAGGUAUCCGUGGUGUCCGAGGAGGAUCUGGAGCUGGAAGGUUCGCGGAGCAGUUCCACGCCGGCAGAGUUGCUUCUGCAGGAGAAAAACGGGAAAUCGGGUUGCGGACUGAACAACCACCACUCGUUCAGCUUCGACGUGGGCAAGCCGGCGCUCAGGCCGGCCUGCAAUCCUCAGUACACGUCCUUCAGCAUCUCUAGUAUCCUUGGCAGGCCCGAGUCGCCGCCGAUCGACUCCACGUCGACCGUGUCGGCCGAGAGACAGUCGUCGGACGUGGACAGGAGUUCGCCGUUGCCGGCGACCAUAGCGCAGAACUCGCAGAGGAUCGGUUCCUCCUGCGACAGUCCGGCUAGGGGUCUGAACAACGCGACCAGCAUGGGGAUCGGUUGUGCUACCAGUGCUACCAGCCCGGCGUCCACCUUCUCUCCGCCCAGCGACGCCACUGCGAACCCUCUGCUCGGUCAUCAAGCGUCGGCCGACUUGGCCAUGCUGUCGAGAUUGGGCCUGAUGUCGUCGUUGAUAGCGGGCCGAUAUCCGGUGGGAAUCGGCGUCGGCGGUGUGUUCUUUCCGUCUACGCUGCAGCACCUUCAUCAGCAACAGCAACACCAGCAUCACUCGCGGCUGGCGGCCGCCUCAUCGGCAUUGAGCAACGCAGUCCAGGUCACGGGCCAAUCGGACAUCGUGGACGCCGACGGCAUUCGCGGCGUCCUGCCCGGUGGCGCCGGUUGGCCGUUUCCAUGGAGGCCGACGCACGGUCUGCAGACGCUGGAGCAUCCGUCGCCGAGCGACGUCGUAGGAACCCUGAGUCGCGUCAGUCCCGCUUCCGCGUCCUUUCCGCAAAGGGCGGAUGACGACCUGGACGACGAGAACGGGGAGGAGCGUCUGCACCGGACACGGAGUCCAUCGACGGGCGACGAGGGCCACGACGAGCUCGGCGAGCAGGACGACUGCCCGGAGGCUGACGGCGAAGGGGAAUCGACGAACUCGACGAGUUUGCACGGCAGUGGCGGCGGCACAGGGACCGGCGGGGGUGGCGGAGGUGGCGGUCAGAACAGCGUGCAGGUCGGCGUGGACGGUCGCGAUUCGAGCAGCAUGAAGCGGAAGAAGAAGACUCGGACGGUGUUCUCGCGAUCGCAGGUGUUCCAGUUGGAGAGCACGUUCGACAUGAAACGCUACCUCUCGUCGUCGGAGCGCGCCGGCCUGGCCGCUUCGCUACGGCUCACCGAGACCCAGGUGAAGAUCUGGUUCCAGAACCGUCGUAACAAGUGGAAGAGGCAACUGGCCGCCGAGCUGGAGGCGGCAAACAUGGCGCACGCGGCCCAGAGACUAGUCAGGGUGCCGAUACUGUAUCACGAGGCGUCCGCCGGAAGCGGAACGUCCGGCAGUGUGUCGGUGUCGGUGGCUGCGCCGCAGGCCGCCGCUGCGCCAGCGUCGGUCGCCACGUCGGCGCUCUCGCACUCGGUCGGCGUCGGAGUCGGCGUCGGUGUCGGCGUCGGCACCUCCUGCCCCCCUACCACCGCCCAGCCGAUCUUCUACUCCCAUCACCAUCAGCACCACCAUCAUCAUCCGGCUCACGUGCAGGCGCACACUCUCCUGCCCCACCAGGUACACCCACAACCGCCGCCACCCCCGCCGCCGCCGCCUAACGGCCAACCACCCCAAUCCUCCUCGCAAUAACACCGUCCGGCUCACGAGACCGU